UCAUUCGUUCACUGCUAAAGAAUUGUAGAAUAACUGAAAAAAAUUAUCUGUAUCAUAAUCAUCGCUUAAAUCAUGGACGAUGAACAAUUUUUCGAGUCAAUUUUGGCAACCGAAAGUAAUUAUCAUUUCAAACCGCUCAAAACGAUUCCAUACAGCACAAUUCAUGCUGUAAUUUCCUUUAUAAUAAGUGUGCUUGGAGCAUUUUUGGCAUGUGUGUGGCAGAGCGAUACCGAUUGUGAAGAAUAUUUUCUUAUUCUCUAUUUGCGUUGCAUUUUCUGGAUUGUUACAUUUUUAUACGAUCAUAUCAUAAAAUAUCAUCAUGAAAAAUUACGAAUGAAUGGAUAUCAUGAAUUUUAUCGUGCAACUUCAUUGCACAAAGGUGUUCCGUUGCACACGGUAUCACUGUGGAAUACGAUUAUUUUGGGCAUUCAGACAAUCAUGCAACAUGAAUAUGGAUCAAAAUUUUUCGAUCAUUGCACCAAGAGCUUCUUCUCACCAACCACUUACAUUGUUCUAUUCUGUGCAUUUGAAACUACUCUCCUUAUUGCCGUGCAUGCAUGGUAUAUUAUCAGAGUUAUGAGAUUCAACCGAGCAACAUUGCCACCAGAUGCCUAUCGUGGACUCGCCGAAAGCAUGGACUCGGUGGGUGUUGCAACGCGGGAUACAGAAGCGAAUGACUUACUCGAAAAACAGGCCGAUCUUAUUAAUUAUCUUAAGGACCACAACAAUAAAUUGAACCAAAAAUUAAUGACUCUCAAUGCACAAAUACGGGCAUCGUCUGGAAAUAUACCGCAAAAUUAGACACGAUUUAUAGUUUAAUAUAAAUGCAACCCAACAUUUUGGAAGAUUAUCGUAAAAACUUUUUUAACCAAAUCAACAACACAGAUUCAAAGUGUCCAUAGUUUACUUAUUCAAAACCAAAGAAAAUUGAAUGGUUUUGCUGGCAUUUUUUUCUUUUCUUUAGUUGUUAGACGAUGAACUGAUCGGUGUGAUAGUUGUUGCUCUACGGUGUACGGUGACAUUCAAACAAAAAAUGAACAAAUUUUUAAUUGAUGUUGCUUUUAUUUUAAUUCGAAGAUGAAAAACAAACUCAAACAAUCAAAAGAAGAGUACGAAAUUUUGGAAUAAUAGAUUCUAGUUAUGUUUUUAUUCAUUUUAUAAACUACAAUGAAAGUAAAUUCAAUAAUUUUUUUAUAAGUAA